GGUUCGGCGGUUUUGCGACAACUCUGAUGACCCUCUCCCUCUAUAUGAUGGGUUUCCGCGGUGUUUCAAAUCAGACGUUAUGCGUUGCAAACCUUUGUUUCCUCGCUGGUGUUGCCUUCUUAUAUCGGCGCAAUGGGAAAUGGUGAAGGGUAUUACUUUCGGGUAUACCGUGCUCCUGGCAUUCGGCUUCCACUAUGGCGGCUAUGGGGUCAUGCUAAUGCCGUACAGGGGUGUUGUCGAUGCUUAUGGUGGCAAAACAGCAGCUGGAUAA